GUUAGCUGGGACUAGGACACGGAAAUAAAUAGUUGAUUCGUACCCCCUCUGCCCCUUCCGCUUUGCGAAGAACUACCAUGCGUUCCUAGCCCAAUUAUUGCCGUUAGUGCCUUACCGAUGAAGAAUGGUUCCCCUCGAGAUACCGUCCUUGCCGAUUUUGGCGCAACCGGCGCAGUCUAGUGACUUCCGGCGUAAGGUCCGGCGUUAGCGCUAUGGGGCAACCCCAAUCUUAUCUUAUCGCCAGAACCCUUCAGACCGAUAGAAAGAGCAGCGCUCGGACCAUGCAAGUCAUUAAAAUGCCCCCUGACUAACUGACGGAUCAAGAGACCGAGCGCUCGACGUCACAUUAACUUUUACAAGCUUACAACUCUUUACUUCUCACUUCCUCUUCACUUUCCGUCUUUCGGACGAUAUCAUGACAUCCGUGAUAAAGUGAACCCACGUCGUUGUCGUUCUGUCUUAGCUCGGAUGUUCGGACAGUGAAUAAGGGGGAAAAGCAAAAAAAGGAACCGUUCGUCACAGUCGAUGCGAAGUCCUGGGUAAACAUCACCGACGGCGCGCCGUCGUCAGGGUUUAAUCAUCCGCCAGCCGGUCAACGGCCGACCCCUUUAUACGAGGCCCUAUACGAGGUCCGAAUUAUACCUACAUACCUAGUGUAUAGUUGUAUAUCUAUAGUCGACACUCUGAUCUACAUACAUCUCGUACGCGCGUGUUCGUACACGCACUCGCUACCAUGCCUCCCUCCGUCUCCGCACCCACGCCCUCCCUGCUUCUCACCAAACGCCUGACCGCGUUCCUCAGCUCGAACCUCAGCCCGCAGAUCCACACGGCCGCGCUCACCACUCUCUCAGGCAAGCUCCUCGCGCACGCGUCGCCCCACCCCGUCGGCACCCUGCGCACGCAAUGCACCGUCGCCGCCUCGAUAUGGGCCCUCUACGCCGCAGGGGAGACCUACACCGUCAUCGAAGCGCUGCCGCCCGCGCACACCGGGCUAGAAAGCGACUUCACGCUCCCGCCGACACCAACCCCCAACGCGGUAACCAUCCAGCUAACCGGCGGCGUAAUGGUGAUCCGCCACCUGCGCUGCGGGCUGCUGUUCGUGUGCAUCGGGCCUCUAGGCGAGGACGCCCGUCCCUCGACCUCGACAUCCUAUCGCAACCCCCCUACCUCCCACUCGAACUCCAACCUCAACCCUAACUCCGCCGCGACCAACUUCGGUCCCAGCCUAAGCCCCCAGACUCCCUCGCAUGGUCAUUCUUCCUCGCAUCCGCAUACCCCGCAGUCCCAAGGCCGUCCUAUGCCGUCUACGCCCAGCACAAGCGGCCACGAAGCGCACCCCCAGACGCCGCUGGGCUCGCCGUCCGAAGUCGCGAGCGUGGCUAGUGCGGGGGCUGCGACGACGGCGAGUGUUGCGACUACGACUAGUGUGGCGGCGUCCGCGGUUAUGGCUACGCGCCGUCAGGCGGAGGAGUUGGCGCGCUGGCUGGAUGAUAAGCUAGGGAGUUUAGGGGUGUUGGAGGAGGGGUUGGGGGUUGAGGCGAGAUGAGAGCGCGGUGGUGGGAAGGUGUGGUUGUUAAACAUUUAAUACCCUGUGGCACUGCGGGUUAGGGUGCUACAUAUGUGCUGUUUAAUCUAAUGGCAUUCCAGACCUAGGUGUUGUGGGUUUGGUAUUACAUAGCAUAUCAGUCGUGGGGAUGAGAUAUAUCCUCCGCGACAAUAACAUCGAGGUAUUACGAGGGAAAUAUACGAUAGCUGGGGAACCUGUCGGAGAGUUGGUUCCGGAGAAGAAAGUCUCUCCGGAGAUAUUAUUACAUAUGCCUAUACCUAAAUCGAGGUAUAAAAGGCAUGUCCCAUGCGAGAAGGAGUAAGGGGACAAGGCACAGAUGUACGGUUGAGAGGCCCAGGCCAAAAUAUUUCCAACUCGGUUCGUUGAUUUAGCAUUGCUCGGGACAAGGAGGAUUAGGGAUUCUAAAAGGGGCGUAUUGACAUGGUGGAAAUCUGUUUAUCGGUAGUUGUCCCUAGAAGGCAGAAAUGGGAGAUGUGUAUCAAUUAUUUAGAUUAAUGGAAUACCCAGUAUUAUCUGCCUUGAG